AUGGACCUCUCUCUGUCUCUCAUCACUUCUCCAUAUCCUGUCAGCUUCAAACCUGCUCAGACCCCCUCUCCACACAGAAGCAGAUACAUAAGAACCAAACAAGGUAAGCUACUUACUUCUACUGCACUUCCAUGUUCUGCUACAAACCUUGCUGUUGUUGAUAAACAUCACACCUCGCCGAAAGAACCCAAGUUGGGUUUUGAUGAAAUUACUAGUAGAUUGCAUGUACAGAGUUUAGUUGACAAGAUUAGAGCUUUGCCCACUAGAGAAGCAAGUGAAAUUUUUAGUGUUUUCGAGCAAGAUGGUUGCUUUAAAACCAUUUCUGAGUUCAAUGACCUGCUCUUAGCUUUAGUUGUGGCAAAAGAGCCUGAUGUUGCUUUGGGCUUGUAUGAUCAGAUAUCAUCUUACUGUUUAGUUCCUGAUUAUUCCACAUUUUCUAUUGUGAUUACGUGUUACUGUGAGAAAAAUGAUCUGGAUGAGGCCAAGAGGGUUUUAGUUCUUAUGAUUGAAAAUGGGUCUAACCCAACUGUUGCAACAAUCACUUUUGUGGUAGAUUUAUUGUGCAAAAAGGGUAGAUUGCAGAGAGCUUUGGAGGUUUUUGAGGUGAUGGGUAGAGUUGGAUCCAAGCCCACUGUUCAAAUGUACAAUUGCUUGUUAAAGGGUUUGUGCUAUGUGGGGAGAGUGGAGGAUGCAUAUGACAUGUUGAUGAAGAUAAAGAAGGAUGUUAUACAACCUGACAUUUAUACAUACACAGCUGUAAUGGAUGGUUUUUGUAAAGUGGGUCGGACGGAUGAGGCCAUGGAACUGCUUAAUGAUGCUGUGGAGUUGGGAUUGAUGCCAGAUGUGGUUGCUUACAACACAUUGUUUGAUGGGUACUGCAGGGAGGGUAGGGCAAUGGAAGGGCUUAAUGUGUUGAAGCAGAUGAAGGAGAGAAACUGCAUCCCUGAUUGUAUUACUUAUAGCACAUUGUUACAUGGAUUAUUGAAAUGGGGUAAAACCCGUAAUGCGCUAAGGAUUUAUAAGGAGAUGGUGGAAAUCGGUUUUGAAGUAGAUGGGCGAUUGAAAAAUACUCUUGUGAGGGGGUUGUGCAGGAGAUCAUCAAAGGAAAAGGAUCUGUUGGAAGAUGCCUGUGAACUGUUUGAAAAAGUGCAGAAUGGAUUUUCUGGCAUAGAAGCUAAUACAUAUGGGGUAAUGAUUCAAAGUCUUUGCACGGGAAAGAAAAUUGAUGUCGCUGUGAUCAAUUUGAAGAAGAUGAUGACAAUGGGUUAUUCACCAUGGAUGAUCACCUUUAACAAUGUAAUUCAAGCCCUUUGUGCAGAGGACAAGAUGUUGGAUGCAGUAUUAGUUCUGGGUACGGCGUAUGAAUGUGAAAGAGUAGCAAGUAGAGAAUCUUAUAACAUUUUGAUUAAAAAGUUAAAUCAACAUGGCAGUAUGCUAGAAGCUUGUAGUGUAUAUGGUGCGGCAUUGAAGAGAGGUUUAGUUCCAGAUAAAAGGCCUCAACAAUGAGGACAACCCUGUUUGUAACUUUCCGGAUCUUCAUAAUUACAACUAAAGUUUAAAGGUCUAAAGUUUCCUUUGUGAUUUGUUUCUGAAGAAAGACCUGCAUUGCACUGAAGAUACAUAGUUUUAAGUGCCUAUUGGUUUACUGUCUAGCUUGGAAGAAGCGGUGGGCCAUAGUUCUCUGGGUACAUCAACAAACGAUUCUUCUUCUUUGGUCUCUCAAGAUUCACGGCCACAGCAUAAAUCUUUCUUUCAGCGGCAAUCCAUGAUAACUUCCUUAUGGAAUGGAAAGUUCUGAAUGAAGUUUGACGUCUAGAUGAUAAGAUGCCUAAAUGCUAGUCCUACGGGGAAACCAUUUAUCAUGCCUUGUGGAAAUGUAAAUGGUGUUGUUGGUUUCCAUGUGGUAUACGGAUGUUGUAGGCACUAGGAGGCUCUUUUGCUGUUUGUGAGUUCCAUUGUGAUUUUGUUGAAGGGAAAUCUGAGACUUUGAGACAGACAGAUGGCUUAGUUAGGUCAAUGGCUGAGAAGGCAUUGGUGGAUCUAGCCAUCUAGGCAAGAGAUCCAAUCCAGUUUGCUUGGAUUAGGAUAUGAUUUUGGGUCUAGUCUCCUACUGUCACCCAGCUGAUCUACCAGGCACUAAAGAGUACCUUGAUAACAUAGAGGCCAGGAGGUAGGAAAGUCUGUGAUUGAGGAAUAUCCACAGAAAAGGGGCAGCACCACCCCGGAUCUCCAACCUCGAGUCACAUGUAUAUGCUAAGCCACCCACCAAUGAGGUUUCCUGUAUGUGGAACCAAAAACCAAUUUAAAACGCCAAGCAAGAGUGGCUAAAGUUACUAAGAAGAAGAAGGCUGGAAAAGUUGUUUCACCUGCAGACCCUGCUGCCACAGGAUCGACUGUAUUCCAGCGUCUAUCCAUGAACUUGUGAGUAAUUGUAUAGUGUGUGAACAAGAGAUGGGGAACUUGCAAGUUUUGUGGUGAUCUUGUGCCGAGGGAAGGGAGCAUUUGAGCUGGUCUGGAUCACUGGAUGAUUAUUUCACUCUUGUGGUGUCAGAUGCUGAGGCAGCAGCUGAAGCUUAUGCAAAGAGACUCGUUGAAUAUAAUAGAGGCUCUGCAUCCUGUAGACAGGUUAUUAAUGAUAAAAUUGACUACUUUGAAACUUAGGGGUACAGAGUACAUUUGAAUGAAGAUGAUGAACUUUCUGAGUACAUUAAUCAGAAACUCAAUGUUGAAGCCACUAGAUGAAAGGAAAGUGAAGAGGAUUAAACCAAAUCCUAGUCUUAAAGUUCAUCUACGCGUGGUGCCGGUGGUGGAUAUAGGAAGAAGCAUGUUGUCAGUGUUGUGGAAGUUAGGAAGGAAAGAGUAAGGCAACUUGAAAAUGAAUGUCCGCCCUGUUAUAUUGAUGUACCAGCAGUGCUAACUAUCUGCGAGUGACUGAGUGCAAUACAGAAGAUGUGAGUUCUCUUUUAAAAAUGAGAAAUAGUGCA